AGAUCGUUUUGAUGGAUAUAUCUUCCUUGACAGCAAAGAUCCAGAAUAUAAGAAGUUUUUAGAAACCUACUGUGUGGAGGAAGAGAAGACCAGUGCCAACCCUGAGACUCUGCUGGGGGAGAUGGAGGCGAAGACAAGAGAGCUCAUUGCUAGAAGAACCACACCUCUUUUGGAAUAUAUUAAAAAUAGAAAAUUAGAAAAGCAGAGAAUUCGAGAAGAGAAGCGAGAAGAAUGGAGGAGGAGAGAGUUAGAAAAAACGUUUGUGGGAAAAGGAAAAAAGAAGAAGAAGAAAGAUGCAAAAAAAAAAAAAAAGAGAGAUAAACAGAAGAAAAUUGCAGAGAAAGAAGUAAGGAUUAAGCUUCUUAAGAAACCAGAAAAGGGAGAGGAACCAACCACAGAGAAACCAAAAGAAAGAGGAGAGGAGAUUGAUACUGGAGGUGGCAAGCAGGAAUCCUGUGCCCCCGGUGCAGUCGUAAAAGCCAGGCCCGUGGAAGGCUCGCUGGAGGAGCCCCAGGAGACGUCACACAGCGGCAGUGAUAAAGAGCACAGGGAUGUGGAGAGAUCUCAAGAACAAGAAUCUGAAGCACAAAGACACCAUGUGGAUGAUGGCAGGAGGCACAGAGCUCACCACGAGCCUGACCGGCUUUCCAGAAGGAGUGAGGAUGAGCAGAGAUGGGGGAAAGGACCUGGCCAAGACAGAGGGAAGAAGGGGAGCCAGGACAGCGGGGCUCCGGGGGAGGCCAUGGAGAGACUGGGGAGAGCGCAGAGGUGUGACGACAGUCCAGCACCCAUAAAAGAGCGACUGGCAAACACGGACCGGCCAGCCUUGCAGCUGUAUGAUCCAGGAGCUCGCUUCCGAGCGCGAGAGUGUGGCGGAAACAGGAGGAUCUGCAAGGCAGAAGGUUCGGGGACUGGUCCUGAGAAGAGGGAAGAGGCAGAGUGAGUCACUGCACGCACCUGGCCUCCAUGGACGAGCGAGGGCAUCCCAGAAACGUGUAAAUGACCCCGAGUGUGACUGGGAAGGAGAACUUAUUCCUUACCAGGAAACUGGAAGCUAAAAAUACAGAGGGUGACAUAGAAACACGCAGAAACCAUUCUAAAGAAAGUAGUGAUCUUGUAUUAAAUUGAGCAGAAUUCUCACAGAUUUUACCAUUCCUGUUAUAAACUAGUAUUUGUUGUUUAGCCAAAACAGAAGAUGAUUUCCACUGGACAGUAGAAAAAUAUGUGUAAAAUAGGGAAGAAAGUUAGUAUUGGAUCAGUGUGAGUCCUGAAGCACUUUCAGUGCUGUGAGAACGACAUCCACUUUGGGUUUCAUUCGUUUGUAAGCAGAGGAGCUGUCAGUCACUCGUGCUUCUCGGUGGCCUCUGAGCCAUGGUGUCGAGUGAAGAGUAGUUCUUGUUUGUUACAACCUUUGUGAGUCAGCCAUGCCUGCAAAGUGUGCUGUGUUUUAGUCCUGGUAGGAAUAUUUAUCAGAGUUCACACUAUAUAAAACCUAACAGCUUCAACUAUUGCCCUUUCAACAGUUUUGCCACUGACCGGAUAAAAACGGUUUCAGUCUUUGGAUGGAUGUGUUUGUGGUUUGUAACCAUUACGGUUUAAACCAUGGUUUAAGAAUUUGCCCAAAUAACAGAAAUUUUGUUCGGGAAGGGAUAAACUAGAUAUAGCAUAUAGAGCCUGUUUUUGAGUUUUAGAUACUUUAUUUGUAAAUAACUUAAAAUAGCUUUCUGAAACCGUGCAUUCUGUAGUUUCUUCCUUUCAGUGAAAUUGCUAAAUGUGAAUGUAUUUUUGGCACUG